UAUCAAGAAAAGUGCCUUGAGAUCAGGCAUCAUCAUAUCUUCCAGCUGUCUGUCAACACUUACUUGAAGACUGUGCAGUCUUUUUAACUGAUGAAGAACAAGCCUUUGUCUUCCUGUAAUUCUGAAGUGAAGUUGAGUCACCCAACAAGAAAAAAAAAAAAAAAACUAAGUCCAGUUAAAAUAUAGGCAUUAGGAAUAGAAUGCUGAAACAAACCUCUGGAUUGGCUUCAUUGGCUUUCCUGCUUCUUUUGCAUCCCAAAGCAUAAGCUUAAAUCAUCUCAGAAGGACAAGGUCCGCCAGUUUAUGGCCUUUACUCAGGCUGGCGAAAGAACCGCCAUCUACUGCUUAACACAGAAUGAGUGGAAACUAGACGUGGCCACCGACAACUUCUUCCAAAACCCAGACUCGUUCCACAAGGAAUCCAUGAAAAACACAGUGGACAAGAAGAAGCUGGAGCAGCUGUAUAACAGGUACAAAGACCCACAAGAUGAAAAUAAAAUUGGAAUUGAUGGGAUUCAACAGUUUUGUGAUGAUUUAAGCCUAGAUCCUGCCAGUAUCAGCGUUUUGGUUAUAGCAUGGAAAUUCAGGGCAGCAACUCAAUGUGAAUUUAGCAAAAAGGAAUUUGUAGAUGGCAUGACCGAGCUUGGGUGUGACAGCACAGAAAAGCUGAAAACUCUUCUACCAAGAUUGGAGCAAGAGCUUAAGGACACAGUGAAGUUUAAGGAUUUCUAUCAGUUUACUUUUACCUUUGCUAAGAACCCUGGGCAAAAAGGUUUAGAUUUAGAAAUGGCUGUUGCAUAUUGGAAUUUAGUAUUAUCUGGAAGGUUUAAGUUUUUAGAUCUUUGGAACACCUUUUUAUUGGAGCAUCACAAAAGGUCAAUCCCAAGGGACACUUGGAACCUGUUGCUGGAUUUUGGAAAUAUGAUUGCAGAUGACAUGUCUAACUAUGACGAAGAAGGAGCAUGGCCUGUUCUUAUAGAUGAUUUCGUAGAAUAUGCACGGCCCGUAGUCACAGGUGGCAAACACAGCCCUUUCUAGGCAGAAAAUGAACAUGGAUUAGGAUUGUAAAAUGAACUGCCACCUGCAAGGAGACAUUUUGGUCAGUUUCUGUGCACAUAUGUAACUGAUUUCAGAAGCCAUGGAACUGGAAUGACCAUCUCACUCUGCCUAAAGGAAACGGUGGCGGAGCCUGGACACCGUAGGAGACCCUCAGAAGAGAGCUGCUGUGGAAUGUCCGCAGAUGGGUUGCAUAGCUGUUGCUUUAGGAGAUUUCUGCAUGAUUUUUAUAUUUAUGAAAAAGUACUAGAGCCUGUUAGCAGGACUGCAGAGCAUGCUGAUAAUUCAUGAUUUCAGGUGAACACCAGCAGUUACCACAGUCCACUGAAUUAUAUUGUAAUUACACUUAAAAAAAGUAUUUGUGUCCUUGGUAGGAUAUUGUAUUUUUAUAAAGUCAAAGCUAAAGUGUGUGCCCAGAAGGAAAUGAUCUUGUGGAUUCUAACAUUUUUUUAAACUUGGUGCCAGGAAUUCAAGAUUUAUAUUUUUUGAAUUAUCAAAUAUCUAGAUUUAUCAGAUCUAUUUUUGUUUUAAUUUUCUCUAGAUGUUCAUCUGAAAAUCAUUUUAUAGUUCUUAAUAGCUAAUUAGUUUCCAAGGCGAUGGCACAUGUAUGUGAUAAUUCCAGGAAAGUUUUAUUUUAAACAGCUUGCAAGUCAACAGGUCUAUUUUACUUCCAAUAAUGUCAUUUGAACUUCCUAAGAAGUUUCGUAAAGUAUGUUUUUUUAAAGAAAUGUAUUUUAUUACACUUAAAAAGACAUUUUUCCAUGAAGAAUAUUUCUUUUAUGAAUGAUGAAUUAUAGAUUUAAAAAUCAAGUGAGUCGGUUCCUUUCACAUACCUGUAAUCUCCAUAAUGUCCUCUCUCCAGCCCUUCGUAUGGUUGUACACAUUUGGAAGCUAACAUACACAUUGUCCAAAAAAACCCAAAAACCGAACCAGAAACCUUCAUCUCAUUUGUGAGCUGCAGUCUUGUCUUUGCCUCACGUUGCCCUCCGAUUUUUCUGGUGUUUGCCUUGUCAAAGAGGACCGUCCCGCGGCACAGGGAUAGAUGGGAGUUUUGUCUGCAGUUUUGGAAAAUCACUGUGUGGACCCUACCUCCUAUUUGAGAAGAUCUUCCGCCAUGAGUGUGUCUGCUGCCCGGCCCGCAACCUGGUUUAGGAGACAAGUGAAUUGGGGUUAUUUCAGGACAGGAAAUUCACUCAGAUUUCCUGUAAAAAGAAGGUGUGCCUAAAAUGUGUCAUUUUGAUUUGACUUCCAAAAGUAUGAUUCACUGUGUUUUAGGAAGUGCCCAUGUGCAACACAAGGUUUGUGUAUACUUACUCUAUGUGAACUAUUUAUACUUUUGAAUAGAAGUCUUUCAAAGAGGGCAGCAGGCAGUGGAGGAUUGGAAAGGGGGCUGUGGCCUGGAGACCACAGGCUAAGCUGGGGUUGCCCGCCCAUGACCAGGUGCAGGACCCAGGUAAGUCACUUCACCUCUCCCAGGCUGCCACUUCCAUGUCUAUAAAAGAAAAAGCAAGGCCAGCUCUAUCUGUAAGUCUGUGAUUCUCAGAGAGCAUUUAUUUAUAUAAUGAAAGCUAGCUUUAAUAAAAACUUCAACAAAUAUAAAGCAUCCUUCAGGCUUCAUGCAUUCUUGACAUGUAAAUGUUCUGCUCAGAGACUUAUUCUUAAGAUUUAAAGUUAUAUGAGGAAAAAAUGUUCUAUGGGCUCAUUAGAUAUCAAAACAUUAGUAAUUGGACUAAGGGUCUUCAAAAAACUGUGGGUUUCUUUUUCUCCUAUGAUAUACAUUUAAGUCAUGCAUGCCAUGAAAGUGCUAAGAACUUUGGAAACAUUAAAAUAAAUUAUUUUCUCUGG